AUGUCUUUGGCGGAAGAAUUACUCGCAGAUCCUGACUUUAUAACCUCUCGUGAUGAAGGUACUGAAGGUGUUGAGUCAGACGAAGAUCUAAUGAAAGAUCUCGAAGAAUCAGAAGAAGAGCUUAUGGAAGAAGACGAAGAUCCUGAGGACGGUACAGAAAAGCCUCAAUUUUCUCAAGUUGAAAUGAAACACGUCAUGGACGUAAGAAAGGUUGCAAAAUUAAUUGGAUCUAGACAAAUGAGAGACAAAAUAGAACAAUUAAAAAAUACUGAAAGAUCCCAAAACCAAAUACUGGGACCAGUUGAGGAAGAUCCUGAAUAUAAACUUAUUGUGCAGGCAAAUAAUUUAACUGUAGAUAUUGAUAAUGAAAUUCUAGUUGUUCAUAAGUUCAUACGAGAUCAUUAUGCUAAAAAGUUUCCAGAGUUGGAAUCUUUGGUACUCAAUCCAUUAGAUUAUACAAGAGCUGUUAAAGCUAUUGGAAAUGAAAUGGAUUUGACUAGAGUCGAUUUAAGAUCUAUACUUCCGUCUGCAACUGUCAUGGUAGUAACGGUAACAGGAUCUACUACUAACGGUCAAAAAUUGACAGAACAAGAAAACGAAAUUGUUAGGGAUGCGUGUGAUAUGGCUUUGGAGUUAGAUGCUGCUAAACGAAAGAUUUUAGAAUAUGUAGAAUCCAGAAUGACACUUAUUGCACCUAAUCUUUCAGCAAUUGUAGGCAGUACCACUGCUGCCAAAAUAUUAGGACAAGCUGGAGGAUUAUCAGCUCUCUGUAAAAUGCCAGCUUGCAAUGUGAUGUUAAUUGGUGUUCAAAAAAAGUUAAGCACUGGUUUUUCCAAUAUAUCAUCACCAAGACACACAGGUUAUUUGUUUCAAUCAGAGUUGAUUCAACGAACUCCUCCGGAUCUCAGAAUAAAGGCACAGAAAAUUGUUGCAGCAAAGUGUACAUUAGCUGCUAGGAUGGAUCGCAUGCAUGAGUCACCUGAUGGCUUAUUUGGAAGAACUUUGAGAGAACAAAUUGACAGAAAACUUGAAAAAUUGCAAGAACCACCCCCAACAAAAACUGUUAAGCCUUUGCCCGUACCGGAUGAAGGUCCAAAGAAAAGAAGAGCGGGAAAAAAGAUGAAGGAAGCUUAUGCAUUUACGGAGCUUCGUAAAGCACAAAACAGAAUGGCUUUUGGUGUUCCUGAAGAUGAGACUGGUUCAUUCGAUAAGACCAAGGGACUUGGCUUGAUUGGGCAAAGUACCGGGAAAAUUCGGGCGGCUGUUGCUGAUCAACGAGUCAAAGCUAAAGCUCCAAAAAGGCAUCAAUUUACUGGUUCUUCAGGUGCAACUUCUGGUCUAUCUUCUUCGUUAGCAUUCACCCCAGUACAAGGAAUUGAGUUGAUCAACCCUGAAGAAGCCCAGAAGAAAGUCAAAGAAGUAAAUGAUAGAUAUUUUGGCGGUGGUGCAUUUUUGAAAGUGGGCAAAAAACAGUAA